GAGAGUGUUAAAGGAGAGACUUGGUACUGCAGGCGAAGAAAUCUCAAAUGUUAUUAAGCUAUGAUUGAGGAGGACCAGCUGUGAGCGCAUACUGCUGGAUAUCCGAAAUAAACAGAUCCCCUACAGCAAUAUGAAGUGUGAGGAAGAGGAGAGUCUGAAUGACCCAGAGGUCUAUAAACAGGAGGAGAACUUUGGUCUGAAUGAGGAUGGUCCAGAACUUCCACAGAUUAAAGAGGAACAGGAGGAAGUCUGCACCAGUCAGGAUGUAGUGCAGGUUGUAGUGAAGCAGGAGUCUGAAGAAAUCUUCGUCUGGACCGGGAAAGAGCGGUUCAGAGUGCUGGAAACAUCUGGAAACGUGAGAAAGACUUACACUGCACAGAUUCAUGGCAGAUCUGUAGCCAGGAGAGGAACUCCAGUCUGGACCUGGAGGACACAGACUCAAGAGGAACAGGAGGAAAUGUCCAUCAAUCAGGAAGGAAAGCAGCUUUCACUGAAGCAGGAAACCAAAGAUAUCAUCAUCUGGACCAGGCAAGAGCUGGGCAUCAAGUGGAACCCUGAAGUAAAGUUGCACAGAAUAGAUCCUCCACAACGUGACUGUAAAGACGAGGAGGGCCUCACAGAUCAGCAGGUCUGUAACCAGAAGAACUCCAGUCUGGACCAAGAGGAUUCUUCACAGAUUAAAGAGGAACAGGAGGAACUCCGUACCACUCAAGAGGCAAAACCACUUGUACGAAAGCAGGAGACUGAAACUUUUCCUGCUCGUGAAGAAAAUGACCACAGUGAACCAGAACCAAGCAAUGACCAGCUCCUUUCUCACAACUCUCCUGACACAGAUCAGGAAGAAAACAAGGAUGAUAACUCACACAGAAAUGAGUCAGAUCAAGUCGUACCAGAACUGAAAGUUCAAAAUUCCAAGACAGCACAUUUAUGUAGUACCUGUGGGAAAAAAUUUAAUAGGAUGGGAAACUUGAAACAACACAUGCAAAUUCACAUAGGCGAGAAGCCACAUUCUUGUAGCACCUGUGGGAAAAGAUUUACUCUAAAAACACAUUUAAAUGAACACAUGAGAAUUCACACAGGUGAUAAGCCUCAUUGUUGUGGCACCUGUGGUAAAACAUUUGGUUCAAAGUCGCACUUAAAUAGACACAUGCGAAUUCACACAGGUGAAAAGCCAUUUUUCUGUAGCACCUGUGGGAAAAGAUUUAGUUUGGCAGCAAAUUUGAGAACCCACAUAAGAAUUCAUACAGGUGAGAAGCCAUAUUCCUGUAGCACCUGUGGGAAAAGAUUUAGUGUGGCAGCAAAUUUGAGAACCCACAUAAGAAUUCAUACAGGUGAAAAACCAUAUUCCUGUAGCACAUGUGGAAAAGGAUUUAAUCACAAGACAUCUUUAAAAAUACACAUGGAAUUCCAUACAGGGGAAAAACAAUAUUCCUGUAACACCUGUGGGAAACGAUUUAGUGUGGCAGCAGCUUUGAGAAGUCACAUAAAAAUUCAUUAAGGGGUGAGCAGUCAUAUUCUUGUAUCACCUGUGGGAAACGAUUUAGUGUGGCAGGAUCUUUGAGAAGUCACAUAAGAAUUCAUUCAGGUGAGAAGCCAUAUUCCUGUAGCA